GUCAUUAAGCAAAACUAUUACACUUUAUUUAAUCUACUCACACACAAGUAAAAAUGAACAAAACGUAAUAUAGCUACCAAUAAUCAUUACAUGUGUGGCUAUUUGUAUUGUUGUUGGUGUUGCAUGUGGAUGUUUUAAUAAAUGGACAACAAACAUUUUUCCCGGAGUUCAGUCGCACAGACGGCGUCACAUCCUCUUCCUUUUGCAGUUUUAGGGGCCUGCAAGAAACGAAAACAAGCAGCAGACUACAGUGAAACCAGAGGGAUGCCUGCAGCGGAGAGCAGCCAUGCACAGCGCGUCCUGUCCUCUCUGAACCAGCAGAGGGCGGUAGGGAGGUUUUGUGAUGCAGUGUUGAAUGUGGGAGGUGGGGUGGUCUACUUGGCCCAUCGCAACAUCCUCGCCUGUUUCAGUGAGAUGUUCCAACAGUCCAACAUGCCCGCUGCACCGUGCAUGGAGUUCUGCCUGCAGGAGUGCCCCAACGACGGCCUGGAGCUGCUCCUGAACUUCGUCUACACCGGGGAGCUGAAGCUGGAUCCUGGCAACCUGGAGAAGGUGCAGCAUGCAGCGGCCAGCCUGUGUGUGACAGAGGCGCUCACACUCUGUCAGCAAUUCAAGGAAGCUUCUGUGGAUCCUGUCAAGCCUGUCAAGCGCAAAAGAGGCAGACCUAGAAAGUCUGCAUCAGAUACGACCCCUCACUGUUUGGUUAAAGAAGAGGAGUUGCUUACAAUCACAAAAGAUGAGUCCAACUUUGAUACUGCCAUAGCCGAUUGUAGCAUGGCCACCACUACCACCACCACCACCACCCGCUCUGGUCGUGUAGUGAAGGGCCCCAGGCGACUGGUGACUGAUGAGAGCCCCAUUACUGACUUUACAGCUCCUGAAAAAGCCGGCAAAAAGGCUCCACUUAUUCCCACGGAGACAGAAAGUGGUGUCGAUGCUGUGGAGAACGAAAACCCAGAUGAGCCAACUGGUGAAUCUGAGAUGCCUGACUUGCAGAUUUACAUAAAUGACAAUGGUGUCAGCCAGGUAGUGGGGGAAGAAGAAGAUGAAGAAGAAGAUGUGGGGGGUUUUGGGGAGAUCACUGAAGACACAGAUGAAGAGUACGUGCCCGUUGAAGAGCCCGGUUCCUCAGCCCCGUCCACGUCAACGGCACGGAAGCGCAAGAGUAAAACAGAGAAAAACGAGAACGGCGAGGCUGCCAAAGAAGACUCCAAGAAGGACUCUGUGCAGUGUCCUACCUGUGACAAAUCCUUCAAGAGCAAAUACUACCUCAAAGUCCACAACAGGCGGCAUACAGGGGAGAGGCCCUUUGGUUGCCUUAAAUGUGGAAAGAGGUACUUCAGGAAGGAGAAUCUUUUGCUGCAUGAGAUCAGAGACUGUGCCAAAGUACAGACGUACGCCUGCGUUACAUGCUCCUCGACAUUUAACGGAAAAGAGGAGCUACGUUUGCACGUCGUGUCCCACACAGGAAAUAUGCCUCACAAGUGUUCAACAUGUCCUGAACAGUUUAUGCACAAGAAAAACUUAACAAUUCACAUGAUGAAGGUCCAUGGUUAUCCCAAACCACAUGCAUGUCCGCAGUGCCCCAAAACCUUCUUAACUCGGACGGAGCUGCGUGUGCACGAAGCCGCCAAACAUCGAGGCGAAAAGCCGUUUGUGUGCGAGGAGUGUGGCCAUCGAGCCUCCAGUCGAAACGGCCUGCAGAUGCAUAUCAAAGCCAUUCACAGAAAUGAGCGCCCUUUCGUAUGUAACCUAUGUGGUCACGCUUUCUCCCAGAAGAACAACCUAAACAUGCAUCUGCGUAUACACAGUGGUGAAAGGCCGUACCAAUGUCAUCUCUGUGGCAAAACCUUCAGGACGCAAGCCAGUCUAGAUAAACACCACCGGACACACACUGGCGAGCGGCCGUUCAGCUGUGACGUUUGUGAGCAACGCUUCACGGAGAAAGGCGCCCUCGUCCGCCACAAGGCCAGCAAGCACGAGGAGGGCCGUCCACACUGUUGUCACAUAUGUGGCAAAACCUUCAAAGCGAGGGAGCAACUUCGCGUUCACCUGCGGCGCCAUAAGGGCAUGAGGAAGUUUGAGUGUAUCGACUGCGGCUACAAGUUCACCCGACAGGCCCACUUGCGACGACACAUUCAAAUCCACAAACGCACCGAGAACUACAACCCCCGGCAGAGAAAGCUAAGAAACGUGAUAGUGCAGGAAGUGGACGGAAGUCCUGGUGAGAACGAAGCGACAAAAGAAGUGGAAGACUCGCUGAUCGCAGACGAGACCGAUUAUGUCCCGGAGACCGCUGACAUCCAGGAGUCCACGAACCCUGAGCCUGACUCUGGGACGGGCCUCAGCUCUGGCUGCAUAGUGAGGGUGGUGAUGGAGGAGGUGGUGUCCAACCAGAACCUGGGACACGUCGAGCCGGCGGAGAGUUUCUCUGUGCCAGAAGUCCUGCAGCAAUCACAGCUGGGCACUGAGGCGUAUGACGAGGCCACGAUGGAUAUGGAGGGAAUGGUUGAGGAUCUAUCAGAGAGUAAAACACCUGAGGACUGAAAGACCAGAGACUGUGUGCAACCCACUCCGAGAUGAAAUGAGAAGGACCUCAGUGUGAUUUAAGGACAUUUGACCUUGCAGAUCCAAAGAUGAAACUGCAAAAUAGUUCGCUACUGAGUUUCUAGACGAGAGAAGAGCAGCAAGUCAUUCUCAUGCUUUUAGUAGUUAACAGCAAAUGAACUGCAUGCUUGUGAAGGCUGCAUGAAUAUCUUUUGGAUUGUUUUAUUACAGCGUGGACACACUGGGAAUAUCAGGAGCGCCUGGCGGUUGCGUUACCUGUUGUUUUUUAUUUCGGCGUCCGUGUUAACAGGUUAGAGCAGCCACACUGCCCGUGUGAGACGCGCGUCUCAGCUGCGUCUCCUCUAGAGAAUAAAGG